AUGCCGCACGCCACGCUCAGCCACGUGCUGGGCCCUCUGCCUCCCCCGAGCGCGCUCGGCGCCGCGCAAAGCGGCAGCCAGCAGGGCGAGUUUCAGGCGCAGGAGUCGCCACCAUUGUUCCCGGCGGAUGCGGAUGAUUCUGAUGCUGCCUCUGACGAGCCGAUCGUGCUGCAGCACCGGCCGAGUUGGCUCAACUCGCCGCUUUAUACCUUUGCGGCCCUCAAUUCGGAAGUCCCCCAGCCGAUAUCUCAAGAGCAGCUGCAGCAGCAACGGGAAAAGCAGGCUGGCACGUUCAACCCCUCCUCCUCCCAACCCCUUCCCGCCGCCCAUCCCUCUCGCACCUUGCAAGUCGAAUUCUUCCUCUCCUCCUCCCUCCCGCCUAUGGAUGCAUCUAUCAGCACCCUUGCUGACGUGGACGAUUCCUCCCAGCUUCACACCUCCAUCCAGCGCUGCUACAGCCUGCUACAGCCGUCCACAGCCGUACAGGAGCUGAUAGCCAACGAGAACCUGACACGUGUCCAGCACAGCACAGCUGUCUACGUAGAACCUGUAUCCCUCUACCCUCUCAACCCCCUCUGCACAAGCUGCCACCCUCACCACACAGUCAACUGCACCACCCGCCGCCUCAUGUGGUUUUUUCUCGGGCAGCCCGAAGGCGACGCUACAGUGGCGGGUUUCUGGCCGUCGCAGGCGCUGGCUGUGGCGCACACCUUCCACCCCUACCGCCAGCCGCACCUUCUCCGCGCCACCCUGCGCCGCUCCGCCCUCUGCCGCCCCAACCCCGCGUGGGGGGACGCGCUCCCCCCGCCCAUGCCCCCUGCGGAACCCACUUUGAAGGAGAUUGCAGAGCGGGAGGCGCUGAGGAGGAAAUGCGCGCAGCUGGAAGCAGCGGAGCUAUUCACUCUCGCAUCCGCCCAGGGGCUCAUUCACCUGCAGCACUCCCCCCAGGCGGACCUCAUCCGCGCGCAGGCCUCCGCCAGGGGCAGAUCCCCCUGCAUGCGCGACGUGCUGGUCGCCCCGGAGACGGUUCCUCGGGGUGUGGCGCCCGUGCCGGUGGCUGUGGGGGGGGACAAUGAGGGAGAGGGGGCAGCAAAGGGGAGUGGGGAGGGGAGAGCGAGUGGUGGAGUGUUUGAGGAGGAGCGUGGGUUGUGCCAUGCGCCGUUCAUCGUGCCGAUUCACAAACACCGCAUGGGCAGGCAACUGAACGUGGAUGACACAGUGGGACUUGUAUAUUGCGAGCUGCAAAAGGUCGGAUCCACCAGUUGGAAGUUUUGGAUUCGGCAGCAGCACCACCACCCCCACCCCAACCAGUUCCCAGAAGCACAACUCCCAGCCACCAGCAACAUCACCGAGGUCUGGUAUUCGCUCUCCGAACCUGACGCCAUCCGAGCCAUCACCCGAACCGACUACACCAGGUUCGUGUUCGUCCGCCAGCCAUUCACCAGAAUCGUAUCUGCGUAUCUCAACAAGUACGUGAUGGGCGGCGGCCCCAAGGAUUACGGGCGGCGGUUCUGGGCGAGAAGAUUUUUCGGGCAGCUUUGGAUGCUACGAGCCAGGGACCGGCUCAGAUAUCGGGGAAACGAGGGAGAUAUUUUCGCUGGAGGGGCAGCAGGGGAGGAAGAAGGUGCAGUGGCAGAAUCAGCAGAGGCAGCAGAAGGAGGGGGUUGGCGGAAACGCAGCAGCAGUUGGUGGGGGGUGUGGAAAGACAAGAUAGAGAUGGAGAUGGGGCGACUGCUGUCGUUUGAGGAGUUCGUGCGACUGCUGGGGGAUGCCUGGGACGAGGACAGGCGCUGGUUCCUGGAUGAGCACAUCGCCCCCCAGAACAUCCUGUGUGGGCUGGACCGCAUACGCUACGACUACGUGGGGCGCUUUGAGAGCAUGGACGCGGACGUGAAGGCCCUCAUGCACCGCUUUGGGAGGGACCCGGGCGACGCCUUUGACUUUGGCAAGAAGAUCCACCCCACCAAGUCCAGAGACCAGCUUCUAAAGUUGUUCAAUAAGGAGACGUACGACAUUGUGAGGCGAGUGUACGGCAUGGACAUGCACGCGCCUUUGAACAACAUCUCCUACGCUCCCCCCGAGGAGCUCCGGAGAAUCUUCGAAGAGGGGGCGGGCAGAUGA